UUGGGAAAGAUGAUGUGAUGCUUGUCGACACACCCCUUUUCAGUGAUAUCAGCCUAAGUUUGUGCAAUAUUGUUUCACCAAAACAUGGAUUCUGACGGCCUUCCACUCGUUGGACCUGGUAUAGAUUACACCAAGGUUGAAGCUAUCCACCAGAAAAGAACUAUAGCUUUCCUGAACCAUUUCAUUUCCCACACAGCCAGGUUUCUCAACCAUUUCUCAGGAGUAUGUGAGGAGAAGCUCUCAGAUCUCUCUGUGAGGAUACAGAGAUUAGAAUUUACCAUGAGCAUUUUAGAAACAAAGUUGUCAUCUAUCCCUGGUUUAGAAACUGUGACAGCUCCAACAAGCAGUACUCCAUCAUCAGAGUCAAGUGUGUCAGCUACAACAACCACAGCAGGGGACUCCGCACAAAAUCCUGCUGCAGCUGCUCAGCCCAGUGAAACACCUCAGCCUGUGGAAGAGAAGAAACCAGAAAAAACAGUAGCUCAAGAUCCUAGAUAUGCUAAAUUCUUUAAGAUGUUACAAGUGGGUGUACCAGCUCAAGCUAUAAAACUUAAGAUGAUCGCAGAAGGACUGAAUGAAAAUUUACUUGACACACCUGAUGCUCCUAUGCCAGAAUCCAGCGGCCCCUCCAAAAAAGAUGACAGUGAUGAUUUCAGUGAUGGAAGUGAUGACACGGGUGAUGAAAGUAGCGGAUUUAGCGAUUGAAGAAACUGCUAACCUGCAAUAACCAGACAUACCUGCAUAUACAUGUAUGUGUUCAAGCUGUAGGUGAAGGAAUUAAAGAAUUGAAGCAUAGCAAGAAUACAGAUGGUUCUGGAGAGUUAAAGGCUCCUGUAAUUCUGAAAUCUGGUAAAUAUAUACAAAGCAGAGCAGUAAAAUCAUGGACAUUUCCUGUGUAUUUGAAGGAUUUGCCUGGACUCCUCAAAUCUCAACUUUCACCGACAACUUUGUGGCAGGCAUUUUGAUUGGGUUCAUUAUGUACAUGUAGUAAAAUGCUGUAACGACUCUCCCAUUCUAUAAGUAUUCUGGAAAAAAGAAAUCAAUCAAAGAAAACAGAAAAAAAAUAGUGUAACAUUAGAGCUAGGCUAUCUAAAGGUAAUCACAUAAAACAGAUUUUGAUCUAGUACAAUAUAAUGAUGUUAAAGUACUGUAUGCCUUGUUGAAACAAACAUUCCUGUCUAUCAUCAAGUAUGCUAAUACAUUGUGUGCAUUCAUGUAUCUGUGCUUAAGAAACAAAGAACAGUAGAUAUUUGUAACUUAUUUGUAUGCUUGGCUCUUUAGUAAAUCGCCUAUCAUUUCAUCGAACUACUAAUUACCCUGCUGUAAACAAAGUGGAUAAAAAUUAUUUGAAAUAAUGUAAAACUUCAUUUGUUAUUUCAUCAACUAACUCAGCAUCCUGUACCUCUUUAUGUGGAGCUGAUCAAGUGGAGUCAAGUCGUGUGUUUGAGUCCAUCUCUUGCUGAAUGGUCCAGCUUUAGAUCUUUGGAUUUGUAAAUUUCUUUCACUACUAAACUUGGCUGCUAACAGAGGAGUCGAAUAUUGUUGACUUUGGUGUAUAACACCUGAUGAAAGAUUGUAAUAUUGUUACAUUGGUGGGGAUUAAGAAGGUCAUGUAUUACAAAGAUCUGUACAUGCUACUGUACAUUUUCCCAGUUGUU